GUUAUUUAUGUCAUUUGUAGUAAGUUUGGUUGAAUAUAUUAUUUGUACAACUCGUUUAUUUAAUGUUGGUUUGUUUUUGUUUUAUAUGUGGUGGGAACUGUUUGCGUGUCCUGUGUUGCGCUGGGACGCAUUUGAUUGCAACAAUCGCAGGUGAACAUGUGGUUGAAGCUAGGAAGAGUAAGUAAGUGAAGCAAGUAAGAGAAGCUAGAAGUGCAAGUAAGUGAAGCUAGGAAGAGUAAGUAAGUGAAGCAAGUAAGAGAAGCUAGGAAGUGCAAGUAAGAGAAGAAUACAUGUUUAAGUGGACCCAUUCCCUCGUGGUUUAUGUGCAGCCAGUGAGUUCGACGGUGGAUUGAAGGUGGAUGGCGAAGUGCGCCCGCAUCCAAUAAACAUCUGUCAGUAAAGAAAAAGAACAACGGUGGCGUCUAGUUCCUGGAGGGAGUGAUAGUCGAACUCAAGCCUGCUGAUUCCCUGGACCCGCUCGUGCAAGACAGCUCGUCAAGACGGAGUCACAGCCACACUGUUAAAGGACACACCAGUUCAUCCAUUUUUCAUGAAGACGUCCAUGACUGCAGGUCUGUGUGUGUGCGUCGUGCUGGCGGUCUUGUGUACCAGCUGUUUGGGGCUCCCCUUCUCCUCCCAGCCUCUCGACGAGGGCCACCGCUCCUCGUUCGCCGCUUCCCAAGCGUUCCUUGAGGGUGACAUGCACACCUUGGGAGAGCCCCGCCUCCAACACAGCCGCUCUGCCCCCCAGGUGAAAGCUCUUCCUCCGGCUGAGGAGGAUGCCGACUCCCGAGCCAACCUCAGUGAGCUGCUGGCAAGACUCAUCUCCUCCAGGAAAGGUUCUGUUCGUAGAAACUCCACGGCGAACAGCAGAGCCAACGGACUGAGCACCAACCACCGGAUAGUAGACAGGGACUACUUGGGCUGGAUGGAUUUCGGCCGCCGCAGUGCAGAGGAGUACGACUACACCUCGUAGAGGGAAGCCACGGCUCAGACCCCACUUGGGAAAAAGGAGGAGAAGAAGAAGAAGAAGAAAACACGCAAACGGGCUCCCCACUGUCUCACAAUAAAGAGUCGAUUUAUGAUGUAUUUGUUGUACAUUUGUUUGUAAAACUGUAAUAAUGCAAUAUACAUAUGCCAAAUUUUACAGAAAAGCGCUCACGGUUCAAGGGUUGUUUGUUUCUGGUUUCUUUAUCAUUUCGAGUGGA